AUGAAAUGGUAUAUACAAGGGUUGGUGUUUGGAUACCUCAGUGUCCCCCAAAGAACUGGGAGACUAGGUCGUGGUCUGGAGAUGGGAGACGGCCAUCAGGAGCACUCCAUGCAACUGGGGUUGCCUCUUGUGGCUCACUCGAUCGAGCUUGCGGCUCCUCUUCCUCCUCUUCUUCAUCUCAAAGUGUGUGGCUUCCUUGGCCUUGGUGGAGCAUUGGUAGCUCGUACUGUCCAUAGGGGUUCCAUCUACUCUGGGAGUCCUGGUAAGGCUGGGAUCGUACUCAAAUCCCGGAUUCUCGAACUGGGGCUCCUCCAGGUCAACUCGACCGUCAGCUCGAUCGAGUUGAGUUUCCUCUGUUUGGACUCGAUCGAGUCCGGUGGUCGAGCUGGAGCGUCUGGCCUUGGAACUCUUCCUCCUUCUCUGCGUGUUGUCUUCUCCUUCCCUUGGCUCGAAAGAAGAGGCUCUGUGAGGCUCUUGGGCAGGGAGCCUCCUUGGGUGGUGAGGAGAGAUCUACUCCUAGGGAAUGUGGGGGCCUUGGACUUCUUCUUCUUGCUUGAAGAACCAGAAACCUUCUUCUCCAAACUUUUGAUCUUGCUCACCAUCUUGUCCAUGGACUUUUGCAUCUUCUCAAUGGCUUUCCCUUGCCAUUUGUUGAACUUUUGGAGAAGUCCAAUCCUCUUGUGGCAGCCACAACAGAGGGGUUCAUCCUUGGAGCCUCAUACUCCUCAAAGUAAUAGCACUCAGGCUCACCCAAAUCCGCACUCUCCUGGCCUUAUCUUCAGCUCGAUCCUCAGCUCGAUCGAGCUCAGGCUCCUCUUCUCGCAUCAUCCUCAUGCCCAACUAAUGUGUACACAGGGGGUCUGA